GUUUUGCGUUUCUUUUUAUUGUUGUUUAAUAAUUUUACAUCAGCAUUGUACAGGUAUUAGGUAUUUAAUUUUGUAUAUACCAAAAAAAAUGUCGGAUGAAGAUGAGGUGCAGUAUAUUAAAAAACAAAAAACAAUUCAUUAUGGUUCUUUGGAAGAUGCCGAAAGAGCCAGAUUGGAAGCACAAGCUGAAACUAGUAAUGAUUCAGAACCUCCACCUACUUCUACAACUCCUCAAGUUGCGGAGUCUUCUGAAUACAUGGAACUCGAGGAGGCUAUGUCAAGAGAUAAACAAGCACUAUUAGAAGAAUUUGAACGUAGACGUAAAGCUAGAUCAAUAAAUGUAUCAACAGAUGAUGCAGAGGUAAAAAGAAACCUGAGACAGUUAGGAGAACCUAUUUGUUUAUUUGGAGAAGGACCAGCUGAUAGAAGAUGCAGAUUGAGAGAUAUUUUGAGUCGAAUUGGAGAAGACGCAGUUAUAAGACGAGAGGCAGAAGAAGAGAGGAAGCUUUUUGAAAAAGAUCAAGAAACAACAUGGUACCAUGAAGGUCCUGAAUCGUUAAGAAUAGCUAGAUUGUGGAUAGCAGAAUAUUCAUUACCCAGAGCAAAAGAACGAUUGGAAGAGGCGAGAAGAAUAAUAGACAUACCAGCAGCAACAAAAACAGCUAAAACCCAAGAACUUCAGAAAAAACUUCAAGCGAUGUCAAUAUAUUCCAGUCAAGUUGGUGAUACAAGACCAAUAUCAUUUUGUCAGUUUAGUCCCAACUCCAGUCUAUUGGCCACUGCAUCAUGGAGUGGUUUGUGCAAAGUUUGGUCAGUGCCAGAUUGUGAAUUAAAGCAAACACUUAAAGGACACACUUGCAAUGUAGGGGCAAUUAUUUUUCAUCCAAAAGCAACUAUUAGCCAAGGAGAAAAUAUUUGUAACAUGGCUUCAUGUGCUUCAGAUGGAUCGGUUAAACUUUGGGAUUUUAAAAGCGAAGAACCUAUUGCUGACAUAGAAGGGCACAUGCCUCAUAGAGUGUCAAGGCUUGGAUUCCACCCAUCUGGAAGAUUUCUUGGUACUUGCUGUUACGAUAACUCGUGGAGGUUAUGGGAUCUUCAACAAUGCACAGAAGUUCUCCAUCAGGAAGGACAUGUCAAACCGGUAUACUGCAUUUCUUUUCAAACCGACGGUUCAGUUUGUGCAACAGGUGGUCUAGAUUCAUUUGGUCGAGUGUGGGAUCUUCGAACUGGAAGGUGCAUAAUGUUUAUGGAAGGUCACCUAAAGGCUAUACUAGGAAUUGAUUUUUCUUCAAACGGCUACCAUAUAGCUACCGCCAGUGAAGACAAUUGCUGCAAAAUUUGGGACUUGAGGAAAAGAUCUAUACUUUAUACCAUACCGGCCCAUACCAACCUGAUUUCCGAUGUGAAAUUCCAAAAAGAAAACGGAAGUUAUUUAGUUACAGCUUCAUAUGAUAACACUGUGAAGCUGUGGACUACACGAACAUGGCAGCCACUGAAAACUUUGUCGGGACAUGACGGAAAAAUUAUGUCCGUCGAUAUUUCAGGGGACAACCAGUACAUAGCUACCAGCUCCUACGAUAGGACAUUCAAGUUUUGGGCUCCAGAACAAAUAUGAACAU